AUCAAAUAUGAACGUGGAUCAUGAAUUACUAUUUGUUUGAUAAUUACGAUUAUAUCCCGCGGUUAAUUUCUCUGGUAGGGCCUAUCAAACGUAGAAAGCGAAAACUAUCUUCUUCCGCUCUCUCUCUCUCACUAUUUUUCUCUGUACGGUGGUGAGUGAAGACCAUCAAAAUUGCAGAAAAUAGGCUUAAUCUGAAUCUCUUCUCCUCCGUCGAUGUUUUGAAUUCUCUCUGGUUCUCCAAUUCUCCUCUCGAGCUGCCUUAAGCUUCGCAUUUACGUUUAGCACGAAUGAGAUCAUCGUAGAUCGUGAUUGAAGAAGCGAGAGAUAAAUUAGGAGAGCGAAGAUGAGCGAGGGCCAGAAGUUCCAGUUGGGAACAAUCGGCGCUUUGAGUUUGUCCGUUGUGUCGUCUGUCUCCAUCGUGAUCUGUAACAAAGCACUUAUUAGCACCCUUGGCUUCACAUUCGCGACUACUUUGACAAGUUGGCAUCUUUUGGUCACAUUUUGUUCCCUUCAUGUGGCAUUAUGGAUGAAGAUGUUCGAACACAAGCCUUUUGAUCCACGAGCUGUGAUGGGAUUUGGCAUAUUGAAUGGGAUAUCCAUAGGACUAUUGAACCUCAGCCUGGGCUUUAAUUCUGUCGGUUUUUACCAGAUGACAAAACUAGCAAUCAUCCCCUGCACUGUUCUCUUGGAGACCCUCUUCUUCAGGAAAAAGUUCAGUCGAAAAAUCCAGUUUUCAUUAACCAUCCUUCUCCUUGGUGUUGGAAUUGCAACCGUCACAGAUCUUCAACUUAAUAUGCUGGGUUCAGUCUUGUCGCUGCUGGCUGUUGUCACAACUUGUGUUGCUCAAAUUAUGACAAAUACCAUCCAGAAGAAGUUCAAAGUUUCAUCCACGCAACUUCUGUAUCAGUCUUGCCCGUAUCAAGCAAUCACUCUUUUCGUCACUGGGCCAUUUUUAGAUGGGCUCCUAACCAAUCAGAACGUGUUUGCUUUCAAGUACACUUCUCAAGUAGUGUUCUUCAUCGUCCUGUCCUGCCUCAUAUCAGUCUCUGUAAACUUCAGCACAUUUCUUGUCAUUGGAAAAACAUCUCCUGUCACAUAUCAGGUUCUGGGACAUCUCAAAACAUGCCUGGUUCUAGCAUUUGGCUAUGUGUUGCUGCGAGACCCAUUCGACUGGCGCAACAUUCUUGGUAUUCUGGUGGCUGUGAUUGGAAUGGUUGUUUAUUCCUAUUACUGCUCGAUUGAGACUCAGCAGAAGGCAAGCGAAACCUCAACUCAGUUGCCUCAGAUGAAAGAGAGCGAGAACGAUCCUCUAAUAGCAGCUGAAAAUGGAAGCGGAGUGUUAUCAGAUGGUGGUGGGGGAGUGCAGCAAAAGACAGUGGCUCCUGUAUGGAACUCAAAUAAAGAUUUUCAAGCCUAAAGCUUUGAUCAUCGCUAUUUUUUUUUAUAUAAUACCAACUCUCUUUGUAUCAGAUUUGUCCCCCCAAAAAAAACAAACUUUUUAAUUUCUCUUUUUUUUCUUCCCUUUUAAAUAUGCAUAGCAGAGAAGUAGGGGAGACUGAAAAUCAACAACAUUCCACACCAUAUGGAAAAAGAAGAAAGUAGAGAGUGAGGGGAAGAAAAGGGAACAGCUUUGAAUUGAUGAUCCAUUUUAUUAUACACAGCAGCUUUUUUGUCUUUUGUUUUUUGUUUUUCUUGUUUUUGGAUUUAGUAUUACAACUCUGUAUUCAAAAGGCUGUGGCUAUAUUCAUCAACACUGAAAACGUAUAUUUGAUUUUAGACUCUUUUUUAUGAAA